AAACCCUAAUCGCAUCUCAUUCCACUUCUCUCCCAAGUCAAACCGCGACUUCACUCACAGGUCUUCUCUCUGCGACAGUGAUGUAAAAUCACCGCGAACUCACCGUCAGUGUACCACCGGUGAGUCUCUCUCUCUCCGUGACUCUCUCCCUCUGACUCUCGCUCUUUCUCUGCGACAGUGAAGCGCCACAUUCGCUUUCUCUAGGACUAGGAGAUGUUAGUUUCUAGGGGAUUGUCUCGGUUUUCGAGAACCAGCUUGAACCGCAGUCGAUGGCUCUUCUCAUUUGGAAGCAAGUAUCAACAAAUGGUCCCAUCUGGUCACUUGCACUCUCUAUUGGACUCUACUCGAAAGGAUGGUGGAUGCAGAGAAACCUAUUAUUGGGGUUCAUGUGGUUUUCAUGCCAUUGGGCGGCAAAUUCAUCACUGGAGCAGCUCUGUAGUGCAGGAUCAAUUGGACCCAUUUUUGCUUGUUGAACAUGAACUAUCCAUCCUUGCUAAUAGGUUGCGCUCAAUGGUAGUUGCCGAGGUCCCAAAGCUUGCCUCAGCUGCCGAGUACUUCUUCAAACUGGGGGUGGAAGGAAAGCGAUUUCGACCAACGGUUUUACUGUUGAUGGCAACUUCUUUGAACGUACAUAUACCUGGGCCUCCUGAUGCGGUGGUUGAUGCUUUAUCAGAAGAUCUCCGUAAAAGACAACAGCGUAUCGCUGAAAUCACAGAAAUGAUCCAUGUGGCAAGCCUUCUUCAUGAUGACGUAUUGGAUGAUGCAGAUACAAGGCGUGGCAUUGGUUCAUUAAACUUUGUGAUGGGGAAUAAGUUAGCUGUAUUGGCUGGGGAUUUUUUGCUUUCGAGAGCUUGCGUGGCCCUUGCCUCUUUGAAGAACACGGAGUCACCAUGUUUUUAUCGGGUUGUAUCAUCACUAGCAACUGCUGUAGAGCAUCUUGUUACUGGGGAGACCAUGCAAAUGACAAGUACAUCUGAGCAACGUUGUAGUAUGGAAUAUUAUUUGCAAAAGACAUACUACAAGACUGCAUCGUUGAUUUCAAAUAGCUGCAAGGCAAUAGCCCUUCUUGCAGGGCAAACUACAGAAGUUUCAAUGUUGGCUUAUGAAUAUGGGAAGAAUCUGGGAUUGGCAUUUCAGUUAAUAGACGACAUCCUUGAUUUCACUGGCACGUCAACUUCCCUCGGAAAGGGUUCAUUAUCUGACAUCCGUCAUGGAAUUAUAACAGCUCCCAUAUUGUAUGCUAUGGAGGAGUUCCCACAAUUGCGAGCAGUUGUUGAUCGGGGAUUCCACAACCCCUCAGAUGUGGAUCUUGCUCUUGAUUACCUUGGUAAGAGCCGGGGAAUGCAGAGAACGCGAGAGCUAGCGGCAAAGCACGCCACCCUUGGCUCUGCUGCAAUCGAUUCUCUUCCGGAGAGUGACGAUGAGGAUGUUCGAAUAUCAAGGCGGGCCCUGGUGGAUCUAACCCAUAGGGUUACUACCAGGACAAAGUAGAAGAAAGAGAACCUAUUCUUGUUCACUGUGAUUUCACGGAGUCACAAUUUUUUUCUUCCCUUCAAUUAUGUCCAUCGGUUAUAGGGUCGUGGCAGUGUUUUCCCUUGUUUAUUUUUUGUAUUUCUUGCUUUAUUCUUUCCUAAUCUUCAUAUAGUUUUUGUCACGAAUGCAAUAACUAGCUGAAAUUGCUAGUGUAAUUGCAACACUUGUAACAUUAUUCUACUUUCUGAUCAAUCAUAAUAAUUGGAUCUUAGUUGGAUUCAGUUCAAA